AUGGCACCAGAGAUUUUGGAUCCGGCAAGGUUUGAUUUGCAGCAUAUGCGGCACACUCCUGAAAGCGACAUUCACCCAUUUGCGAUGUGUGUUUGGACGAUUUUUGACGGCAAUGCCCCUUUCCACGAUUAUCCGGCAAUCAAGGCUACGUUCGCGAUUAUCGAAGGCGAGCGCCCCCCGCAGCACACGACUAUGCACCCACUUCCGUUACCUUUGUGGUCUUUACUGAAUCUCUGCUGGAAAGAGCGACCGAGAGAUAGGCUCAGCUCCCCGGACCUAUAUCUUCGUCUUCGGUGCAUGUUUCAACCUGUUAAUCGUCUACGCACCAGUCUACCGCCAACCGUCCGUAACCUGGCAAGCGUGUACACUGGCGUCGAGCGUCUUGUCCCCCAGAUUAUAUAUCGACCCCCGAAGGCUCGACAGCUGGCAGGCACGAACGCGUCACCUAUUAUGUUCAAUGUCUUGGGCCAGCGCGGUUGUGGGAUCAACUGCCUCGACGCGCUCAAUGAACGGUUUUCGGAGUUGCAAAAUUCGAACGACAUCAUUGAGUGCUAUGGGUGCAUGGCUCUGAGAAUCAUGCCCUGGUCGGUCUCCAUACAUUUUCACUCCGGCACCACUUGGGCAGAUCUGGCUAUGCGUGUCAGUUCCUACACACAGACUUUCCUGGACGAGUCGUUGACGAAAUAUUUGGGACCUGACACUCGCUGGAGGCUGGGGCCUGGUGCCAUCACACUGUUCGACCUCGAGCUGGUCGGUCUACAGCCUGUGGCUGUGCGAGACUGGCAAGUCCACUUCCGGGUUCGUCAAGUGGUACCUCUUGCAGCCUAG